UCCCCGGGUGUCUUACGGGACAUUGUGCCGCGGCGCGCGCGCUGCUGAUAAGCUUCACGGGAGGAGCGCCAGGUGCAUCCUCCCCAGCAUCUCCCCUCUGCAACUGUCUCCGCCCCCCAACCCCUGCUGGGGGUAUUUAAUGGAGCACAUCUGAGAUGAUGAGGAAUUUCUGACUGAUUUCUAAACUUCACUCGUGUUUCCAGUUUCACAGGUAAGAGUCUCGAUCGGCGUCCAGGGUGCGUGUAACGACACGUUAGUCUGCGUGGGAGACCCGUGGGGUUCACUUUUUUUUGCCGAUUAUUGUCGGAUACACACAUACCGACCCCCAACUUUCAAAAAACUCACAGAGAUCGCUGUGCGGGACGUGAGCGCGCGCUCGGUCAGACAUGAACCUCGACGUGGAUUACGGAGGCUCCGGGAGCAGCGGCAACGGGAAGCUGCGCCAGUGGCUGAUCGAGCAGGUGGACUGCGGCAAAUACCCCGGCCUGGUGUGGGAGAACGAUGAGAAGAGCAUCUUCAGGAUACCAUGGAAACACGCCGGGAAACAGGACUACAACAGGGACGAGGAUGCCGCGCUUUUCAAGGCCUGGGCGCUUUUUAAAGGCAAGUUUCGUGAGGGGAUUGACAAGCCGGACCCUCCGACCUGGAAGACGCGCCUGCGCUGCGCCCUGAACAAAAGCAAUGACUUUGAGGAGCUGGUGGAGAGGAGCCAGCUGGACAUCUCUGAUCCCUACAAGGUCUACCGCAUCAUCCCUGAGGGUGCCAAGAAAAGUCAGUCCUCCAUAAGACCCAGACAAGAAGACAGCCCAACGAGUCCUGUGGGUUACCAGAUGCACCCCUCCUACCCCACAAUGCCAACCCAGAUGACACCGUACAUUUCUAGUCCAGAGUGCAGCUGGAGGGAUUACUGUCCUGAGCAGACGUCUCUGACUGAGCUGUCCUUCGCUCAGUGUCCUUGUCCCCCCCGCAGCCUACCCUGGCAGACCCCAUCCAUUGAGAACGGCUACCAGCUCCGAGCCUCCAUUUACUCGUACGGCCCCGACAGUCAGCCCUCGCCUUUCUCUCUGGACGCAAGCAUCAGAUCAGCAGAGGCACUUUCAGACCUCCGCCUUCACGUGUCGGUGUAUUUACGGGAGACGCUGGUGCGGGAAGCGACCGUCACCAGUCCAGAGGGCUGCCACCUCACGCCGUGCCCGCCGGAGAAGCACUACCUGACGGCCGGAGGCCCUGAGGUGGUGCCCCUGCCCGUCGACAGUCUCUCGGCUUUGCGCCGGACAGACGAGUGUCCCCCGAGUCCGCCGUCCGUCCUGGAGAGGGGAGUGCUUUUGUGGAUGAGCGCCGACGGACUGUACGCCCGCCGGCUAUGCCAGAGUCGGGUUUACUGGCAGGGAGGCUUGUCGCCAUAUGGAGACAAACCCAAUAAGUUGGAAAGAGAAGUUACCUGCAAACUGCUCCACACGCAGGACUUCAUCACAGAGAUCCAGAGUUUUGGAUUCCAUGGCCGGCCGCCGUCCCGCUUCCAGGUGCUGCUCAGCUUCGGAGACGAGUGCCUGGACCCGCAGAGACAAAGGCGGACCCUCACUGUUCAGGUGGAGCCCUUGUUUGCCAGGCAGCUCCUGUAUUACGCCCAGCAGACCAGCAGCCACUACUACCGCAGCUACGAGCACCCAGGGGUCACAGACCACAUAAACGCCUCCGAGGACUACCAGAGGGCCAUCACACACCACCACGCCGCCGCCAGCCUGCAGGAGUGACCCGAGUCGGGGUUGGCGCCGUAGAGGCAAAGCAUUUUACACAGCAAGACCAAUACGGACAGUGUUAUAUGAAAACACAAUGGACUUUUCGCUCCAACGGGUUUGACCUGUUGGAGCUUUGGGAGUGACUGUUGAGUGUUUGAGAGUGAAAGUUGGAAAAAAUGUUUUUUUUUUGUCUCUUACAAAUCAUAAACUUCCAGGGAUCAAUGUCUUUUUUUAUAGAAGGAAAGGAAACUGACAGCUCAGGUGAUUGUACUCAGGAAACCCCUUCAACAGGGUUGCUCUACCACAGCAAACACAUUUUGUAUAAAAGAGAUUUAGUUUGUUACCGUUUUCUACAAAAUAAUAAAUCAGGGAUGCAGUCCGAAGGGAAGAAAUUAGUAGCUAGUUGUCUUAGCCUUGGUGAGCUAUGGGUAGCUUAGCUAAGUGUAACUUAAAAUCAUUACAAAAACAGAAUCUUAAGAAAGUAAAAGGAGCCUUGUUUCAAGAAAAAAAUGGUUUUAUUUUGUGUCUUGCAAAAUAAAAAAUCAUACUAAAAGUUUUUCAAUAGUAAAAUAAGAGAACAUGUCUUGGUGACAAGAUUUCUUUUCUGUAAAUAGGAAUUCUUGGUAAGAACAUUUGGCAGCUUUUUUUGCUUAUUUAAAGAACAUGUUUUUCAAUUUUAGAAUUUUUGACUUCUUAUUAUGUUUUUGCAGUGAAUGUAUAAUGUAAAGCUUUUUUGUACAUUAGCUAAGAGCAGCUUAGCUAAGCCUGAAAUCUGAAACCAAAACCAAAAUUUGGUCAACAUAUGAGGUUAUGGUUUUUCUACAUGUCUUAAAAAUGUUGGUCCUCGGCCUGAUGUGGAAUCCUGUGAUUUGAAUGACAGUUAUCUCAGUCAAAAUAGAUAUAUUGCCAAAUUUGUGCAAUAGAGACAACCAUAAAUCGACUGAGUGAACAUUCUUGGAAUCAUUGUGAGUGCAAACUCAAAUUAUGCAGCAACAUUAGUAAACAUACAAUAGCAAAUUAGUGUUGCCAUGGCAGCGAGUUUACCAACUGGCUUGUAGAUUUUUUCUGUCUGCAAUCCGCUAUGGCUUUUGUUGCUCACUGAGAUGCUAACUAAAGUUUCUGAAAAACUGACUAAGAUGAUAUUUCUUUUUGGAGAUGGAUUUGUCAACUUCUGAUAAUCAAAGCUCAAAAGACAAAACUCAAAAAGGGCCUUGUUAAAAAAAAAAAAAAAAC